AUGGAGGUACAAUUGUGUGAACCGCAGAAGAGGGCAAUGUGUGGAAGCAUGAAAGCGUUAGAACAGCGCUUCAUCGUUUUGAAAGUUUGCAUGAACUUGACCCAACAGAUUUGGGUGUCUGUGUGGUAUAGGUGGUGCAGCGAUUUCAGCCCGUUGAAGGUCUUCGAUUCCGCGAUUCGGUGGCGCCGCGACUCGUCGUCGUUCACCAGGCCACGUCGGCAGUGUGCGACCUCCGUUCACGCUUGCCAAUACCUCAGUUUUCCAUGGCUCGCCUCAGAACUAGAGUAA